UCGAAAAAAGGUGCUUUCAAAGACUUGUACUGAAACAAAAAAGGGCUCAAAAGUUGUUUUUCAAGGAUUGAUCACAAACAAACAAAAAGGUUUAAAAGGUGCUUUCAAAGAUUUAAUUUUAAACAUUUUUUUAAGGUGUUUUCAAAGGCUUAGUCUCGAACCAAAAAAGCUUCAAAAAGGUGCUUUCAAAUACUUUACCUCAAACCCCAAAAAAAUUUUAAAAGGUCUUCCAAGGCCUUGAUCUUAAACCCAAAACACAAGGUCUAAAAGGUGCUUAAAAAACUGUUUCUUAAACAAGCAAAGACGGUAUGUUCAAAGUCUGCUCUCAAAAGGUCUGUCAAAGCAACUUCAGCAAAAUCACUAUCAACCAAAACUAAGUUUCAAAACCACCAACAUCGCAACAACCGCCAAAGUGCUUCCAAAGGAUCCAACGGAAACAAUGACAAGACAGCAACGUUUGCACAUUGUUUCAAUCAGAUGUAACUGUCAACACUAAACAGAACGAGGACAAUAAACAAACGAUGUAGAUCCUCCAACUGUUUUUGUUAAAACUGUAGUUUUUCUUAUUUUUAUUUAUUCUUUGUAUUUUUGUGAACCUUUUGAAUCUCUGAAUUGGAAUCCUUGAACUGUGCUUGUCAUGAUCUGCAUGUGUUGUACAAUUUUUUUGUUUUUUUUGUUUUUAGCUUAUUUUAUUUGCUGUAUGUUUGGCCAUGUUUCUUUGGGUGCACUUGUACGUCUGCUUUCCUCCGAACAUAAGCAGGUCUGACGAGGUGACCACUCUUUUCCUGGGGGAACUGUUGCUGCAGAAACUCAAAGUGCCGCCUUCCUGUUCCGUCUGGGAAAUCCAAGGGUGGUUAUCUUGUUGAAGGUAAGAUGAACUUUUUGACGUUAUGUUUUCACCAAAGUAACCACAAGAAAGCAUGUUAGAAACCAGGUCCUGCAUUCCGAUAACUUCAUCCAUGUUCAGUUUCAAACAGAUUUUCUAAUGCUGCACCUCACCUUCACUGUUUUUAAGUCGAGUAUCUUACACAUUUGUAUGUGUGUCUCUCUCCUUUUCCCCAACCAUCACAGAAGUGAGCAUCUUCAGUGUUGAACCUGGCAACCACCAACGUCUUCAGGAAGGAUCUAGAUCACCGCUAAAGAGAUGGAGUCAGGCAUCCUUGUGCUGCAGGUAAGAUGAGACAGGGAACACCACUUAACACACUCUCCUAUUGUCACCCAAAAGUCUGAAUGCUUCAACUCCAGAAACAACUUUUCUCUGAUCAUUAAUCGUUUUCACAAAGGCGCAAGGUGACGUGGGUGUGCUUCAGCUGUUUUCCCAAAGUUAAGGCCCACUUGAGCUCGAUCUUUGCCUGUUUUUAUGUUGAUAACAUGUAAGGCCGGGUCAGUGUUCCCAAAGAUGCAACAACACAAGGUUCAACGAUCAAAAACACAACAAUCAAACCAAAAGCAAGGUUUAAAAAGUGUUUUCAGCCACACAACCACAAACCAACAAGGUUCACAACGAUGCUUUCAAAAGACAUUAUCAAAACAGACAACAUGGUUCAUGAGGUUCUUUCAGGGACAUGAUGGUAACACAAACGAGGUUUAAAUGGUGCUUUCAAUGACAAAAGGGCAAAUCAACAAGGUUUAAAUGGUGCCCACAGGGACACAAUGGUAAUACAAGGUUUAGAUGGUGCUUUCAAUGACAAAAGGGAAAACCACCAACAAGGUACAAAAGGUGGUUUUAACUCAAAAGCUUAACAACAAUAACAGUCAAAAAAAUCAAGAAAUGCUAAAAACACUAAAUAAAAACCAAACCAAAAAAGAAAAUUCACAACCAACCAGAGAAUGGUUCAGCAUCAUUCAAAGUUAAAAAGGGUUUUAAGACUUUAAAAAGGUUAUUUCUGUUUUCAUGAAACUUGGUUGACACAAAAAACUGCAAAAAUGUCAGUUGCAAGUUUUACCAAAUACUUGCUGAGCCCACCAGUAAAAAAACAAAAAACAAAAUCCAAAACGCAAAAAGCAAAACAACAACUCUUAAGGAAACAACAAAUCAGCAGAGUUCACUCAGUUCUGCAAAAGGAAACCACCUCAACAAGGACAACCUCAACAUCAACUACAACUUCAGGCCUCACCGUCUCCUACAGCUUCAACUAACAUGAGGGGGACAAUGAACUGUUACCAUAAAAUGUCUUUGUUUUUUUGAGGGGUUUUUAUUUUUGUUUGUUUCUCUCUUUUUGACCCUCCAGUCUCUGUAAAAAUAUAAAAUGUUUUCUUGUUUGUUUGUUUGUGGGGUUUUCUUUUUUUGUUGUUGUUUUGUUUCUUUUUGACCCUCCAGUCUCUGUGAAAAUCUGAGAUCUACUUGUGUUUUUUUGUGUCCUGUUAUUCUGUACGAGGUUUUUCUGCCUCCCUUUUGGCUGCACAUGUAUGUCUCUGCUUUUCCCCUAAACAUGACGGAGGUGUUGAGCUGUGGCGUUGGAUGUGCUGACCACCACCAGGUUCUGGGAGGAUCUGAUGCUGCCCCACUUAGAUGAGCUGCUCCUCCAUCCAGACCGGGAAGUUUUUAAGAGUCGCCGUCAAGCUGAAGGUUUCUGAAGUUCUCUUUUUAUGAUUUUGAGAAAGUUCUUGUAGUUGUUUUCACUGAGGUCCAAAAACUCCAGCUUUGUAGACGCCCAAGAGAAACUUGAUUUUAAAUCUGUCUGUUGAAUCUUUUAAGUCUGUUUCCAAUGUAGUGACCCAUCUUUCUGCUUCUCCAAAAUCUAUCUUGUGUUAUUACAGAGUCUACAUCCAAGAAGACCCUGGCAGACCCCAUCACCUGCUGGACUCUGAGCCCCUGCAUACUGGGUUACAGGUGAGCAUGGAGUACAGAUUCCACCACCUACAAAAGAAACCUGGUACAGCAGUUUUAUCUGAUGCAUCCAGAUUUCCUAACCUUUGCCAAUUUUAAUCUCUCCCAAACACCAGUGCUUUGCCCUCUUUGAGGGACGGAUCUUCUUCAUUCUGGACCCCUUAACUGAAGUCUGCACCAGCACAGAAACCUGCCUCUUGACACCAUUGGACUCUACCAGAUGCAGUGGGCACCAUCCCAGAGAAUACGGUACAUAAAACAGAGAUAAUGAGUCAAAGUUUAAUGGUGAUAAAUUGAUGUAAACAGUCCACUAACUGGAUCUGAUCCCUGUCUGUUUGCCUUCUGUAGUCACCACCCUGCAGCUGGACUUCCUGUCUCACUGUGAGCCCGUAGACCUUCAACUUCGUCCAGAAAACCCUUACUCAGGACAUGGUGAGUGCGCCUCUCUCUUUCAGGCUCUACUUUGAGGAGCACACAUGAGCAGGUUUCUUAAAUCCUUCUAACAGAUGAGUCCAUUAAGAUGAUGAUAGUUGGAUGUUUUUACUCGAUGGGAACAGAUAAACCCCCACAACCCAUGAAGAGUGCAAGCUUUGCUUUGUCACUGUCACUUUAUAGAUCUCCUCCACCUUUAUAUCGCUGACAUUAUCGGUAUAAUUGACAUUAUAGGAUUAUUACUGAGACCUUUUCUGACUGAUAGAAAGCUAAAUGAAAAUGAGACAGAAUAUUCACUCAUGACAGUUUUCUUCAUUUACAGGAGGAUACUCGAGUCUCGACUGAGGACCCAGUGAUGAAGAUGGAUGACCUGUCUGUGACACAAGGGUCAUAGAGGAUAGUUCUUUACUGAUGAAUCUGUUAUAAUUAUUCAUCUGUUUGACCGGAUGAUGUGUUGUUAAAACUUGCUAACAUUUGAGUUUCUUUGGUGCAAACCUGUAAGAUCUACAGCUCGUCGAGUCUUCUUACAAUUGUAACCAGGUGGUUUUUGUGUUGUACUGAAUUUGAUUUCUCAUUAUAUUUGUAAAACUAAAUGUUUUAUCUGAGCUUCAUUUAUGGCUUAAACUUUGUUAAAUGGAGGCUGAAACUGUGACAGCAUGUAGAGAGCUUUUUAUCCACUGGGGUUUUUUUUCCUUCAAUAUUUUUCCCCAGCUGAUUUUUCAUCUCUACCUCCACCAAACUCACUCUGUACACAAAGCUUGUCUUAAAUGUCAUCUUUUUGGAUGCACAUAUUCUAUUUUGCUCAUAUUGCUUUGUCUUUAUUUUGUUCAUUUUUCUGUCAUGCUUUAUUCCUCUCUCUGCU